AAUUAUCGUAGAACAACGAUCUUCAUUGGCAGGUGCUCUUCUUCCUGACCAGAUGACGAUGAUUCCGGUACUCGUACCGGUACAACCACCCCGACGGUACGACAAUAUAUUUCAGAUUCACAAAACAAAAACAAUUAAACACAAAACAAGAAACCAAACAACACCUACACAAUCAAAAUGAAAUUUUCUUCCAUCUUGCUGCUCGCUCUUUCUUCCAUCGCCCCAACGACGGCGUUUCUCCCGGUGCCCCAGGCACACCCCAAUGUUCAACGUGUCCCAACCGCGUCGUCGCCAUCGAGCGUCGUCCUCGAAAUGGGAUCGAAGGCAGCCUCGAAGUGGGAAUCGAAGCAAAAGUGGCUGGAGGGAAGAGGCUUGAGUGCCGAUGCCGCUGUCGGUGACGAUUCUUCCGCUGGUUCCCCCGUAAAUAUUAUCAUUGCCGGUGCACCCGCCAGUGGAAAGGGCACACAAUGCGAAAUCAUCAAGGAAGAGUUUUCCGUCGUCCACUUGUCGACUGGCGAUAUGUUGCGUGCCGCGGUCGCAGCCGGUACCGAUGUCGGUGUCAAAGCCAAGGAAUACAUGGACGGCGGAAAACUCGUUCCCGACGAGGUUAUCAUCGGCAUCAUCCGUGAUCGUCUCGAGGAAGACGACUGCAAGACCCAGGGUUGGUUGCUCGAUGGAUUCCCAAGAACCGCGGCCCAGGCCGAGGCCCUUGCCGAAGCUGGCUGCACAGCCGACUGCUUCCUGUUCUUGGACGUUCCCGACGAAAUYCUUGUCGAGCGUGUCGUAGGACGCAGAACGGACCCCGAGACCGGAAAGAUCUACCACAUGACAUUUUCUCCUCCCCCCGCCGACGACGAAGAACUCAUUGCCCGAUUGGAACACCGCAGUGACGAUACCGAAGAAAAGGUUGUCGUUCGUCUCGAACAAUUCCACACCAACGUUGCUGCCGUCAAGGGUUCGUACGAAGACAUCAUGGUCUCCAUCGACGGAAACCGUGCACCGGCUGACGUCUCCAAGGACAUCACGGAAUCCAUCAAUGCUGCCCUUGCAAAGCGCGCCUAAAUAUUCAGAAAGGUAGACUUCUAUCRGUCUGUAUCAGAUACYAUUGGGAUUGAAUUUGACUGCUCUUUUUAUUCCGAUGACACGGCUUUUUGUCAACGGCGACGAAGGCUCCUUCACUCUGCAUCUUUCAUGUGAUGCGAUUUUAAAAUUUAACAUGGCACGCCAAAAGAAAUUUGCUGGCGAAGAUAGACUUGUUUUCAAAGAUAUUAGUUUAUUCUAAGUUUCGUAGAAUCUUUAGGUACUCGUAUUCACCACAACGCAAGUUGGUUUCGGACAAGAUUAAACUAAAUCAGUCAGCCGUACUUUACCCAAGUAACAAUGUCCAACUAAUGCCACGAAUCGUCGGUCCGAUGCGCAUCGACAUGGAUGUUCGYAGUUUUCUUCGCAGCAAAACCAAGCUGUCUUAGUUUUCCUUUCGUUUUAUGCGUCUGCGGYUGGCACGAACGACGUUUCGGCGAUUCACGGGUUGUAGAUUUCACCAUUCCUUCCGUACCAAUCCAGGACCUCCUUGCACUCCUCGCGCAAUACGUCCCUGACGACCCUGCACCCGGCGUCUUCCAGGGCGUCGUACGAUUGCGGAUCAAAGACGGGGCCCUCRGAAAAGCCAAUCGCCUCGGCAUCGUCUUUGGUUGCACCGCAAACAAGCUUCGAGACCCCCGACCACAUGGUCGCACCGAGGCACUGGCAGCAGGGAGCGCACGACGUAUACAGGUGGUAUUCCUUGCCGGCUUUUGAUCCCGCGGACGAGAAGGAAAAAUUGCCA